GAGCUGCUGGCGGGGGCGAUGGGAUCCCGGUGCACCAUGAGCCUUGGGUCCCGCCCUUUCUUGGGCCGAUGAGCACUGCGCACUCCGUUCUCCUUUUGCCGUGGGGCCUCGGUUGCGAGGGCAGCAGCGGCGGGACCAGAAGCCCGACGGCGACGAAAGGUCACCUUUCUACGAACCCGCGACAAAGAAGCAGUUCAGCCUACAGUGCCGCUCCGGGGCUCGGAAGGAGUCGGGCUCCGGACCGCCACCGCCACCUCUACCGCUGCUGCCGCCAUCGCCUUGUUCCUCUACCCCCGUCAUGGCCGAGGAGCUGUCCGCGGCCACGGCCUACACAGAAGAUGAUUUCUACUGCCCGGUCUGUCAGGAAAUGCUCAAAACGCCAGUGCGGACCGCGGCCUGUCAGCACGUUUUCUGUAGAAAAUGUUUCCUGACUGCAAUGAGAGAAAGUGGAAUACAUUGUCCCCUGUGUCGUGGAAAUGUGACUAGAAGAGAAAGAGCGUGUCCAGAACGGGCCUUAGAUCUUGAAAAUAUCAUGAGGAAGUUUUCUGGUAGCUGUAGAUGCUGUGCAAAACAGAUUAAAUUCUAUCGUAUGAGACAUCAUUAUAAAUCUUGUAAGAAGUGUCAGGAUGAAUAUGGUGUUUCUUCUAUUAUUCCAAACUUUCAGAUAUCUCAAGAUUCAGUAGGGAAUAGUAAUAGGAGUGAAACAUCCACAUCUGAUAACACAGAAACUUACCAAGAGAAUACAAGUUCUGGGAAUCCCACCUUUAAGUGUCCCUUGUGUCAAGAGUCAAAUUUUACUAGACAGCGUUUACUUGAUCACUGUAACAGUAACCACCUAUUUCAGAUAGUUCCUGUGACAUGUCCUAUUUGUGUGUCUCUUCCUUGGGGAGAUCCUAGCCAGAUUACUAGAAAUUUCGUUAGUCAUCUAAAUCAAAGACAUCAGUUUGAUUAUGGAGAAUUUGUGAAUCUUCAGCUAGAUGAGGAAACCCAAUAUCAAACUGCUGUUGAAGAAUCUUUUCAAGUAAACAUCUGAAGCCUGUAGACAUCUCUACAUCUUUGUACCUGCAAGUGCCAUCUUUAAGGGGAAAACUACACGAAGUCACAGUUUCAGUAACUUGAUGUGUAUAUUAAUAAAAGUAAUUCAGUCUAUUGUUUUAAAUUUUUUAAUUGAAAAGUAAAGGUUGGGCCACCUAAAAACUUCAUCUUCUUGACAAGUUAAAAAAUGAAAGUUAACAUUACUUUAAAAGCAUAAAAAGGAUUAUAUCUCAGUAAUGUAGUGAAAAGGGAAUCCCUGUUGUACUCUUAUCUUUUUUUAUAUUAUAUAUUUUUGAAUUUUUCAUUAUUAUUAUGUUGCUUUUGAAAUUUUGGUGCAGUUUUUCCUAUUUAUUGUACACAGGUAACACACAGUAGCAAAUUCUGAAAGACGUGAUUGAUAUAAACGUAACAAAUCUGAGCCAGUUGUCAGAGUUGCAGAAUGAAAACUUGAAGUGCUAAAUGGAAGAAUCCAAAGGAAAUUUUUUAAACACAGAUUAUAGCUGAAGUAUUCAACUAUAAGAAAAUUGUAUUUAUAUAACAUUUAGUAUUUUUGAAAACUAGUGAGAUUUCUUUAAUAAUUUUAACUCUUUAAAAGUAAAAGUUCAUUGCAAAGACAUUUCCUUUUUGCUAUUAGAAGGAAAUAUCAAGAAAAAAAUUUAUUUCUUUGGAGCAAUUGGUAAUUCAAUUUUGUUUGUUUGACCAAUUUGUAAGCUGAAAUACCAAGCUGAAUAACAAUUGUUUUGCCACAGAAUUUUCAAUAGCCAGUGUUUCUCAUUAGCUGAGAUGAAACUUACUAGAAACUUUCAGUUGGUGAUAUAUUCUACAGAUAUACUUAAAUGAGAAAUUUAAAGAAAUUCAAAGCUAAAGAUAUAUAUGUACAUAUACUUUUGUAUGUAUAUACAUAACAUACAUACACAUAUAUAUCUUUGCAUGCAGUUUGUCAGGUUAUACAGAACUUUUAUUAAGGAUUUAAAAAUGAACAAGCAAUAUAGGAUUGAAUUAUCUGAUUUGAUUAAAAUUUUGUAUAUCACCAAAUUUUUUUAAAAAGUAACAAAUGCUAAGUGAUAUAAGUUGGUUGCUAUUACACCUUAAAAAUUGAGUUUACACACAAUUACCUAUUUAUAUGGUGCUCAUUUGUUAUUCUCAAAAAUAAUUCGUGACUAUGAGGGUAGUGAAAAUAGAUUUUACCAGCCACAGUUUCACUACUUCAAAGUCAAAACUAAGUUUUUUUCUUAAUAUUGAGAAUCAUAAAGUAUUUUGUAGAAGGGCCAAAUCACAGAAAAAAAGGAUAAAGUGAAUUCACUGACAUUCCAUACUAAUACACAAUGUUUAUGCUUUCUUUAAAAUUACUAAAAGAUCAAAAUCUCAGAAGUAGUUUGCUGCUAAUAUAUACAUAUAUUGUAUAAAAAGGUAUAUUUUGGUUUUCUUAAAACCCUUGUUGACUUUUCUACAGUGAACAUUUUUUUAAACUUGAUUUAAUAAAAAUGUUAAUUUUAGAAGUGAA